UUGUUUUCCAGUUGCAUUAGUUCAUUUGUCUCACACCUCUGUCGUUCAGGCAACUCUCCGUCAGAGGAGUCUGAGGAGCGUGACAAGGAGCCCAGGACCCUGACCUACCCGGCGUACGUGGCCAGCCUGCUGGACACCGGAGCCAAACGGAUGGCGGCCGGCGUCCGGAUGGACUGCAGCAGCCAGGGUCAGUGCCCCCGCUCCUGCCACCUCUGCCACAUGAGCCCCAGAGUGUCCACAGGCCGGCAGCAGUCCGAGCCCGUGCUGCUGAAAAUCACCAAGGCGGCGCCCAUCUACGAGUUGGUGUCCAACAAUGAGACGUACCAGGCUCUUCAGGAGGCGAUGAUGAGCAUGCUGUGGUGCUCGGGUAAAGGGGACGUCAUCGACGACUGGUGUCGAUGUGACUCCAGCGCUUUUGGCUCGGACGGACUUCCCACCUGCGCCCCACUUCCUCAGCCCAUGUCAGUGAAAUGCUUCCUUCUCUCAGUUCAGCUCUCUCAGGGUUUUAAUUAA